UGUCAUUUGUUUUCUUGUUGUCGGGAAACAUGUUUGCAAAUGCAACACCGGCGUUUCUUUCUCGUUAAGACAUGCGUACUGACCUGAUGAAUGGCUUAAGCGCGCUUCAAAUGUAAGCGCGCGUAAUCUGACCGGAGUCUGUGGACGCUCGCGCUUCUCUCUGCGCACCGGAGUACAUUGUAUUAACGCGAGCAAAACAUCUGUCGAUGAUUGGGAGACGGCUGCUGAAUGCUGAGAGAGAAAGAGCAAAGCCUGGAGCACAGAGAAUAGCCCUCGGUUAGGGUAAAGCACCACAGCGCCCGUACUGGAGAGGACGGAGGACUCUGGAGGGUGAUAGUGACCGUGGACUGGACAUCACUGUGAACCUUCACCCGGGACAGAGAGAGAGAGAGAGAGAGUAAUGGUUUCCGUGAUGGCAUCAAAGUGGCUUAUAUGUUUCUGCCUACUUUGGCUCUGCGUGACAAGGUCUCUUGCUGCUGAUGCUGAGGAGAGGCUGGUAGAUUUUCUGCUUGGUCCUGAGCGUUACAAUAAACUUAUCCGUCCUGCGGUCAAUAAGAGUCAGCAGGUCACUAUUGGCAUCAAAGUCUCUCUUGCACAGCUCAUUAGUGUGAAUGAGAGGGAACAAAUCAUGACGACGAAUGUGUGGCUGACUCAGGAGUGGAAUGACUACAGACUGGUGUGGGACCCGAAUGAGUACGAGGGCAUCAAAAAACUACGAAUUCCAUCGCAGCACAUCUGGCUUCCUGAUAUAGUACUCUAUAACAAGUAUGCCAUAACUAAAUUAAAUGUUGAUGACCCUGGGCGUGUGUGCGGGGCCUGGAGGGUCGGCGACCUUCCUGAGGGGUCGGAGUUCAGGCAGAGAGUGAAAGUCAGGCACGACCAAGAUGUGGAUGAGGCCAUAGAGGGUGUGAGGUUCAUUGCUGAACAUAUGAAGAUUGAGGAUGAUGAUGAAGGGCGAAUCAAAAAACAUUUAGUGCAACCAGUGUAA